ACGUGAUCUUGGUCAUUAUCUUAUCUCCGCCGAGGCCUGAUCUGAUUCUCCAUUCCCGUCUUUUUGUCAAGGCGCCGAUCUCAAUUGCCUGCGCUUUUGCCUCUUCUUUCCUCCACGUCUGCACUCUGUCGGCGCCGUGCCAUCAGCAGCGACGAUGGAGUGUCGUGAUGAAUCCGCUCGGAAGCGGCGUAAGUUGUCUGAAAAUGUUGCUGAUGACCUCCCCGCUUCCUUCAUGACCUACCUGCCUAUCGCGCGAGCCACAAUUUCUGUUCGCAGCGUCGGUCUCGCGUCGGCAACUCCACAUCCUGACACUCGCCGUUUGCAGAUCACUGUACAGUCAUUCGAAGAAUCAGACAAUGGGUGCACUAUCGAUUUCACAGUUGACAAAAGUCGGAUCGCGAAGCAUGCACGCCUGCAGUCACCAUCCGCACAGGACAAGCAAAUCCUGCGCGACAUCCUCCGUCUCGAGUCAGCGGUCAGGCACAAGCCCGGCACCGCUCUGCCCUUGGCGACCGCCAGUGCCAUUCUGUACGCCACGGACAAUGGGCUGGAAAUAGAGGCCUUCAUACUCUGGGAGGAUGCGAUAUCAGUAAGAGACAGGGUAGAACCGAUAUUACUCGACGUUUUGGGCCGUUAUCUUCCUGCGGACACGGUCAGACCCCCAAUCUUCGAACCCUGGGAGCCACGACAGUUCUAUGAUAAUGUGCAUGUUCCCGAGAAGUCGGCAGGGAAUUCCGCCGAAUUCAAAGUUCCUGCACUGGAGUCUCAGCUCUUUCCUUUUCAGCGACGUGGUGUACGAUGGCUCUUGUCUCGGGAGGGGGUGAGUUUGAAGUCAAGCGGAGAGGUCCAGUUUCUUCCCGAGCCUCAAGCAGAUUUUCUUCCAGCCGGAUUUGAACAGACCAAGACCUGGAAGCAGACUACCUGUUUCGUCAAUCACACAAUGGGCAUAGUCAGCACAGACUUAUCCUCCGUUCAAAAGCGCUUUGGCCCCUUUAGAGGCGGGAUAUUGGCGGAUGAAAUGGGUCUAGGAAAGACAUUGGAAGUCAUCUCUCUCAUCAGUCUUCAUCGCAAACCAGCGCACCUGGCGGACCCUCCCGGCCUCAAACAGUCCUCAGCAACAUUGAUCAUCACUCCUCCAACCAUUCUUGAGCAAUGGAAACAAGAAUUACAGGAACACGCACCGGCCCUGCGAGUCUAUCAUUACCAAGGUGUCAGCAGUUACAAGAAGACCGGCGACAAACUCAUUCACGAUCUGCUUGACCAAGAUGUGGUGUUAACAACAUACAAUGUUAUCGCGAAGGAGGUACAUUACGUGGCAGAGAAACCAGAUCGCAACUUACGCAGGCGACAACGGGUUGAGCCUCCUAAAAGUCCGCUCACCCAGAUCUCGUGGUGGCGUGUCUGCCUGGAUGAGGCCCAGAUGGUCGAGAGUGGAGUGUCAUCCGCUGCCACGGUCGCCCGGCUCAUUCCGCGUGUAAAUGCUUGGGCCGUUACUGGUACACCUCUGCGAAAAGGCCACAGAGACUUGUAUGGACUUCUUCUCUUUCUUCGAUACAUGCCAUGGGCCACAUCUGCCCGAUUAUGGGAUCACCUCAUAAGCUAUCAUCGACCUCUUUUCAGGGAUAUGCUGAGCGCAAUUGCUAUGAGACAUACCAAGGAUUUUGUUCGAGAAGACCUGCGACUACCUCCCCAGAGCAGGCAUACCAUUACGAUACCCUUCACGCCAAUCGAGGAGCAACAUUAUGCCCAGCUCUUCCAGCAACUUUGUGAAGAUUGUGGCCUUGAUCGUACAGGUGCCCCUCAGAGCGACGACUGGGACCCAGAUUCUUCCGAAACCAUAGAGAAAAUGAGGACGUGGCUUACACGUUUGCGUCAGACUUGUCUCCAUCCAGAAGUAGGCGGUCGCAAUCGCCGUGCCCUGGGUAGAAGUACCAAUGGCCCAUUAAGAACCGUGCAGCAGGUGUUGGAUGUGAUGAUCGAUCAGCACGAAGGUCAAGUUCGUACUGUGCAGCGAUCUUAUCUUAUGACGAAGAUCAAAAGAGGCCAGCUUAAAGAAAAUGCCAGAACCACAGAAGAGGCUCUCAAAAUUUGGGACGCCGUAUACGAAGAGUCAUGUGUCAUUGUUGGGGAGUGUCGCAAGCAGUUUGAAGAAGAACAGAAGGCGUCCAAUGCUGCGGAAAAGAUGGAGGAUGACGAUGAAGAAGCAAAUGCUCGACUGACGACCUUGAGGACACGAUUGCGAUCUGCUCUGGAGAUCCAGCAUAUUGCCAUCUUCUUCACGGCCAAUGCCUACUUCCAACUCAAAUCACUCGAGACAGAAGAAAGCGACCCCUAUGUCGAGUUGGAGAAGAAGGAAACGGCAGCGUAUGAGGCCGCAAAGUCUAUUCGAGGAGAACUGCUCACCGAAAACCUUCGACACGUCAACAAAUUGAUCACUAAUGUACGGACGAAUCUGUCAAAGGGGUUAACGACCAUACCAGAUAUGGAGGAACCUGAUGGUUUUGCUGGAAUCGAGAGUCGCAAGAUAUUCGAUAAGCUUGGCGCUUACUGCGAAGUGAUGAACAUCCAGGCCGAGCAGUUUCGUGAAUUGCGGAGGAAAAUGGCCGACUUCCUGAGCCAAGCUCUUAUCGACCAGGAUGAGGGAGUGGAAUUACAAGGUGAUGAGUACGAAAGCUCGACCAAACACCAAGACGAGAUGUAUGCGUACAUGGAGGCGUUAAGGGCUCUGUUUGCCGAUCGAGGUGAAGCCAUCACCGGUCAAGAAAACACGCUCAUCAAAUCAGAAAUGAAGCAGUUUCUUCGUUCCGCAAAAGAAGGCGAAGGUCCAGCUCCAGAAUUGAUGCUAAAGCUUCUUGCCGAGCGAGAACAGAAACGCGUCAAAGUCAGCGAAUUCGGUUGUCUUCGCGGCAUAAUCGCCGAAAUCAGACAAAUGGUCAUUUCGCUACAGUGGCAAGAGGGCAACGGUCACACUCGGGCAGGUCACGAAUUAGCUAUUCUCGAGCGAGUUCUCAAGUAUGUACAACAGCUCAACACUGCACAGACCAAGGCUCUCACCAGCCUUGAGCAAGAAGUCAACCAGUUCCGAGACACAAUGAACAGCCGACUCGACUACUACCGAGCAUUGCAAAAGAUCUCCGACACCGUCGCUCCUUACCAAGAAGAAAAUGUUGGCACGCCUCUUUCAGAGAGACACUACCACGAGCUCGAGGUUGAAGAAGCCAAACAUCAGCAGAAGGUUGUGUCACUUUCGGCCAAACUACGGUACCUGCUUCACAUGAAGAAUGAGUCCAGAUCGUCCGCACCUAGGAUUUGCACGAUUUGCACGGACCAGUUUGAAGUCGGCACCAUGACAUCCUGCGGCCACCAGUUCUGUAAAGAUUGCGUCCUCAUGUGGUGGAGCCAGCACCGCAACUGUCCAGUGUGCAAGAGCCAUCUUCAUCCUAACAGUUUCCACGACAUUUCGUAUAAACCGGCCGAGAUCGCUGUCCAGGCCGAAUCGCCAACAAGUUCGCCGAGCACAAAUUCAGCGUCUGGCAGCUCCGACCAUGCUCACGAUCAGUCCAUAUACUCAGACAUCAGCACCACGAUGCUGAAUCAGAUCAAGAACAUCGACCUGCGCGGGCCCAGCUUCGGCAGCAAAAUUGAUUUUCUGUGCCGACAUUUGUUAUGGCUGCGCGAGCACGAUCCAGGAUCCAAGUCCAUCAUCUUCUCGCAGUACCGCGAAUUCAUUGAUGUCCUCGAACGCGCCUUCACCGAGUACAAGGUCUCGUCGACUCGGUUUGACGGCAAGAACGGCAUCGAAAAGUUCAAGGUUGAUCCGGCAAUGGAAUGUUUCUUGUUGCACGCCAAAGCCCAGUCCGCAGGUCUCAAUCUUGUCGUGGCCAGCCAUGUCUUCCUCUGCGAGCCACUGAUCAAUACUGCGAUUGAGCUGCAAGCGAUCGCCCGUGUGCAUCGUAUCGGCCAGUACCGCCCUACUACGGUGUGGAUGUAUCUGAUCGCCGACACAGUCGAGGAAUCCAUCUACGACAUCAGCGUGUCAAGGCGUCUGGCGCAUCUGCGAGGUAACAAGAAAGGCAAGGGCUCGAGGUCGGGGACUGCCACUCCAACAACCACAAAUAAUGGGCUGCAGGAGAAUGCCAUCGACGCCGCAAACUCGAUGGAGUUGCAGGCUGCUGAUCUAUCGCGCAUGCUUACGUCUGGAAGGAAUGGCGGCGAGAUGGUCGAUCAGGAGGAUCUUUGGGCGUGUCUGUUUGGGCGUGUCAAGAAGAGAGAAGAGGUCAUGGGUGGUUUGGCCGAUGCGCAGGCCGCAGGCUCAGACGUUGGCAGGUUGUUGAGACUCGAGGCUGCACAGCGCAGACUGGGUCCGGAUGUGCUCUGAGCGCGACCCUUGGUGAGUGCGAGAAACGCAUUAUCAUCCGCGCUGGCUCCUGCAUAUGGUGGAAGACACAGUAGGAGAUUCAUGGUUGGUUUGAUCAUGAUACCCAAUGAGCUUAUGUAACUGAUCAUGACUUCCAUGAACGUUUCGAAGAGCUUGCUUCGUAAUAACCUGAGGUUCUUUUACCGGCAGGAUCUGGAUCAUCGCCUUACGGGAAAUGGAGACAAGUGGUUGGGCACAGUGGUUGGUGCCUG